AUGCUAUACUACCAAAGGUGGUAUCUACUCAAUGAGUUUGAUGAUGAUUGGCAAGAGGGUACCAAUGACAUUAAUGAUAAGAAGUUUGAUCCAUACACAGUUGCCAUGGCGUCGCUCUUUUUAGCGAGCAAAAAUGAAGAUUGUAUAAAGAAGCUUAGUGACAUUCAGGCAGUGGGGAAUAAACUCCGAGAUUUGGAUACCGGCGAUAAGGAACAGUUUAUUUUAUUCCAACGGAAAUGUAUUUUAAACAUUGAAUUCAAAAUGCUCCAAGUGAUCAAAUUCAAUUUCAUGAGUGAUACCAUGGUUCCAUCAAUAGAUUCUUUGGUGGUUAUAUUUGCUAAAAAGUUGGGAAUUGGGUAUAAGAAUACCAUGUUUUCAUGGCUAGUGACAUUUGAUAUUAUGUCUACUCUACUUGGAAUAAUGAUUCCACCUCAUUGCAUUGCUCUUGCUAUUGUCAUAAUUACGUUAAACUUCAAACCCAAACAGCUAUCAGUGAAUCCACUUAUUAACGUCACCAAGAAUACAGAUGAUGCAGCAGAUAUUCUUUCAGAUGACAAAUUGAAUGCUAUAUUAGAAUCCAUUGAUUGCAUGCAAGACUUCAAAGCCCCUGAAUCGCUUGUAAAUGAAGCCAUCAUCUACGUAUUAAACUAUUACAUUCAUCAGAUGAAAUACUCCAUUCUUAAUGAGUAUAUACCCAGAAUUGACGAGGAAUCAGGGAAGGAACAGAUUUUCAAGUUUAUGGAUCUUAAGUCUAAGUUUAAUGAUCUACAAGUAUUAGACACUUGGGUUUCUUCGCAUCAAAAGGUUUUGAAUGAAGAUGGCUAUUUGAAGACAUGGGAUUAUUCCACCGCCCAGAAGGGUUCGGUUAGAUUCUUGCAAAGUAAUAAAAGAAGAAGGUUUGCAUUGGAAUUGAAAGUACCUGGGAAACCAGAAAAUGUAUAG